AGUCCCGAUUGAAAUUUUUUUUUUUGGUCGCCAUUGUUUUCGCUGCAAUUUGUUUCGAGAAGCCUACUGCUGAUUCCCUUUGUAUCGUCGUGAGAACUGGAGGACGAUGCCGCUUUGGGGCGCCGGCGCGGACGGGCUUAUAGUUCUCCCGCGUAGCCACUUUGUUGCCGCCGGGUUCAGGUCGCCGUCGCCGGACUUUAGACUUGUCCCUUCCAUUCCGGUCGACUCCAAGACGUCCUUCUUCAACAAGUGCUGUCAUUUUGGCUGGCCUAAGAUUGGAACUUGUUUGGAGAGUCGCCACUUUCAGAGCUUAAAAGUAAGAGCAUUAGAGAAUUCUUCUGGGCAGAGCCAGAUGCCCGUCGCUCCUCUCCAAUUCCAAUCUCCUACAGGUCAACUUCUUUCCCAGAUUAUGCAAACCCAUCCCCAUCUACUUCCAGCGGCCAUUGAUCAGCAGCUUGAUCAACUUCAAUCAGAUCGAGAUACACAAAAAUUGGAAAAGCCUCCACCUUCACAAGACCCUCUCCUUUACAGGAGAAUCGCAGAAGUGAGGGAGAAGGACAGGCAGAAGUCCCUAGAGGAGAUAGUCUACUGCUUUAUUGUGCAGAAAUUCCUGGAGAAUGACAUCUUAAUGAUCCCAAAAAUUUCUCCAUCUGCUUAUCCAACCGGUCAGGUGGACUUCUGGCCCAACCAAGGACAAAAGCUAGAAUCCAUCCACUCACCUGAUGCCAUGGAUAUGAUCCAGAGCCAUCUCACCCUAAUUCUCGGAGAAAGAGUCAUCGGCCCUCUGAACACCAUUGUGCAGAUCAGUAAACUCAAGCUUGGGAAGCUCUAUGCCGCCUCCAUCAUGUAUGGCUACUUCCUCAAGAGAGUGGAUGAGAGAUACCAGCUUGAAAGAUCCAUGAACACUCUUCCCAAGAGGAUUCCAGAUCAACGAAUCCUCGACGGCUUGAAACCGAACCCUCUCUGGGACAUGGACUCAUUGGUAAUGAUUUCGCCGGACGAAGACGUCGAUGACGAGCAAGAUGAAAAAUCAUAUAAAUUGAGAUCUUAUGUCAUGUACUUGGAUGCAGAGACACUGCAUAGAUAUGCAACCAUUAGAUCAAAUGAAGCUGUCGCACUGAUUGAGAAGCAAACACAGGCUUUGUUUGGUAGACCCGAUAUCAAAAUAGCAGACGAUGGAACACUGGACGCUUCCAAUGAUGAGGUUGUGGGUAUCUCUUUCUCUGGGCUUACAAUGCUGGUUUUGGAGGCCGUUGCAUUUGGAUCUUUUCUAUGGGAAGCUGAGAGCUAUGUGGAGUCCAAGUACCAUUUCUUGACAAACUAAUGCUCUUCUGAUCAUCUUCUGUAAAGAAUAUAGUGUAAGUGUUUAGAAUUCUUUUAUAUCUCAAAAAUAUUACAUGCAGCUGAUAUAGGUGUUGAGUUUUGUCUGCCAAACUCUAUUUUUUUGCUUGAAAAAAAGUUUUUUAGAUGAAUUUUAUGAGCUUCGAA